AUGACGCUGAAGCACACGAAGGGCAAAGGCAAGGGGAAGGGCAAAAUUCAUCGGAAAGGGAGUGGUAAGAGGCUUAUCAGAGCUCGGAAAGAGAUCGUCCUCUCCGCUGGAGCCAUCCACACCCCCCAGAUCCUCCAGUUGAGUGGAAUUGACCCUGCUUCUCUUCUCAAGCAAGCGAAGAUUCCCGUCGUAGUCGACCUUCCCGGUGUUGGCGCUAAUUUGCAAGACUACGCUUACCAGCCGGCAGUUCAGUUCAACUUAAACAGCACCCUCCCCCCCAUUGAAGCCUUCCUCUUCGGCCCCGGCCUCAACCUCAUGCUCGGCCUCCCAGGCAUCUCCCCUACCCGGUACCAAUCCCUUGCCGCUUCCUACCUCUCCCAGUCCCCCUCCGAAUUCCUUCCGAAACACAUCCACCCCACCAUCAUCGCCGGCUACGCCCAGCAACAACGUCUCUACACCGCAGGCAUGCUAGACAAAAACUUUGCCUUCUCCGCCACCGGCGUCGGCGCCCUACCCGUUCCUGCUCCUCAGCUCAUGCACGGCCUAUCUCGCGGCACCGUCACUCUCAACCUCUCCUCUCCGCUGUCAGAACCGAUAGUUGACUACCGUUUUGCUUCCAACCCGCUUGAUCUUGACAUUGUCGCUGAAAAUAUAAAGUUCUAUCGAAGGUUUUACACCGGUCCGGAUAGUACACUGAGGCAGUACGUUAAUUUGACUUUGGGGGAAAGCCAGCCUGGUAAGGGGUACCAGUCUGAUGAGGGGUUGAAGGGGUGGUUGAGAGAGAACUUGGUUCCGAGUGUGUAUCACCCAAGUGGGACAGCCGCGAAAAUGGCUAGGGAGUGGGGGGGUGUGGUGAAUGAAGGGUUGGAGGUAUAUGGAGUGAAGGGGUUGAGUGUGGUGGAUACGAGUGUUUUUCCUACUAUUCCAGGGGCGGCGACGAGUAUGACUGUUUAUGCUGCUGCUGAGAAGGCUGCCGAUCUGAUCAAGGCGAGGGCUGUAGUUGUUGUAGGCUUUUGA